AUGGGCGUGUUUCAGAGGUGGUUUGAUAGUUUCAAACCUGCCGAACGUGGAAUAGGCAAGGAGCCAAACUACAUGGGUGAACUUCCAUCCGAGCAUCAUAGUCACAUUGAUGCGAAAGAAAAAGAUAAGGACACGCUAGGAAAAGAUGAAUUUACCAACACCACUGUUGCGGUGAAGACUGAAGAUGGUGGUGUCGCAUUGAUACCUGAAGAAACCGGUCUCAAGCGCUCGCUUGAAGGUCGUCAUAUUCAACUGAUUGCUAUCGGCGGUAGCAUUGGAACAGGUCUCUUUGUUGGGUCAGGUAUCACACUGGCCACAGGCGGGCCCGGAUCACUCAUGCUUGCCUUCAUUAUUGUGGCUGUGAUGGUAAUAUCUACCAUUUUCUCUCUUGGUGAGCUGGCAGCUGUCUUACCUAUAUCUGGCUCUUUUUCAACAUAUUCGGUGCGUUUCAUCGAUCCUUCAUGGGGUUUUGCCAUGGGCUGGAAUUACUGGCUCCAAUGGCUGACAACCUUCCCUUUGGAAGCCACCGCAGCCACUAUUGUGAUUUCAUUUUGGGAUAAAGACGAGGUUGUGCCACGCGGUGUGUGGGUGACAAUCUUCAUUCUUACUAUUUCCUUCAUUCAUAUUUUUGGUGCGCGUGGUUAUGGUGAAUUUGAAUUCAUUGCCGCCUCCCUUAAGGUGAUUGGGUGUAUUGGAUUUAUUAUUUGUGCUAUCGUUAUUGAUGUGGGUGGUUCACCUGCUAAAACAUACUUUGGCGCACACGCUUGGCACGAAAACCCAGCCUUUUUGAAUGGUUUUAAAGGCUUUUGUUCUGUUUUCAUCACAGCAUGCUUUGCUUAUUCGGGUACAGAGAUUGUGGGCAUUGCUGCAGCAGAAACUAGCAGUCCACGGAAGCAUAUUCCCAAAGCGGCGAAGCAAGUAAUUAUGCGGGUUCUUAUCUUUUAUAUUGUCAGCCUGUUGAUGGUAACACUUCUUGUUCCUGCCUCGAACAAACACCUUGAAGGAGACGGUAAUGAUCCCAGUAACUCGCCAUUUGUUCUUGCCAUUCAAACAGGUCAAAUUCAUGCAUUGCCUCAGAUAUUCAACGCUGUAAUUUUAAUCUCGGCCUUUUCUGUUGGAAAUGCAUCUGUUUAUGGCGGAUGCCGCACUUUGCUUUCGCUUGCCGAGCUUGGCAUGGCGCCUAAGAUUUUUACAUAUGUUGAUCGACAAGGGCGUCCGCUUCCUGCGAUGGGCGUAAGCUUGCUUUUUGGUUUACUGGGUUACUUGAUCUAUGCUUCGAACCCUAACACCAUUUUCAACUGGUUAGUGAGUAUUUCUGGACUUUCUGUUAUCUUCUCCUGGGCGUCUACUUGUGUCGCACAUAUCCGAUUCCGAAAAGCAUGGCUUCGACAAGGAAAUAAGCUAGAGCAACUGCCAUGGGUAUCGCCUCUUGGCAUUCCGGGCUCCAUUUUCUCUGUUGUCUUAAACAUCCUUGUGUUAAUAGCUGCAUUUUACAACGCAGCUUGGCCUAUUGGAGAGGGAACAAUGACCGCAGGUGAUCGUGUGAAUAACUUCUUUGAGAGCAUGCUUUCGCUUCCUAUCAUUCUUUUGACAUUCAUUUUGCAUAAAAUUAUCAGACGGACGCGACACGUGCGUAUUGAUGAAAUUGAUGUUCAAACGGGUCGUCGUGAUCCAGUCUCAGAAGAGGUUCUUGAACAGGAACGUGCAGAAUGGCGCGCCAAACCUGUAUACUUGAAAAUCUGGAACACCCUUUUCUGA